UCUACUUCAACAUGAAACACUUGGCUUCGAGCCGCAGUAUCAGAUUUUUAUGAACACGACCCUAGAUCUGUAUCCCAUCAUUCCACCAAUGCCAAAAUCAGUUCUUUCCUCGAUCUCUGAUACCGUCACUCUUCUUCUAAAUACCCCAAUUGUUCCUCCGCAUCCCAAACGAACAAAGGACGUUGCACUCACCGAGUUGCCUCGUUCGACUCCUCGACGGCGUGCGGAAGCACUGGAGCUAGAGAGAUCUCGCGGCGUAGAUUUGGCGGCUGGAGAUGUACUUCUACAGUCUGUAAGAGACGACCUGCCUACUGGGGUGAUGGAGCCAGUUGUACAUCAGUUGUCCAGGCGGUCAUCGUAUAUACAGGAGGAAUUAGAUCCCGACCUACAUCUAGCACUGGAUGCUGAGCGCGCAGCGAGCCGGGCAAAAACAGUAGUUCAGGUUUGCAUAUCGUAACACCAAGUUGGUUGUAUGAUCCCCAAGCUGGUGUGGCUAGAGCUGAUGGGACAGCAAGUCUAGUCA